UCCUUAAAAGCAGCUCCGUCCUUCGCCGUCCCAUCCCGGCGCGGCCAUGGGGGAGGCGGCGGGAGGCAGCGCGGUCCCUCCGCCGCCGCCGGAGGCGGUCGGGGGACAAGUGAACGCCCUGACCGUACUGGCCUUGCUGGAGAAACUGGUCUCGAUGUUGGAAGCGGUUGAAGGGCAACAGCGUCAGAUGGACCAGAGGCAACGGGGUUUGGAAGGGGCAGUGAAGGGCAUUCAGGGAGACCUGGGGAAAUUGUGUCGAAGCCACGAGGCGACGGGGGAAGCGGUGGAGAAGCUGCUGGAGAAGUCACGGAAGGUGUGCGCGCACACGCGCGUCGUGCGGGAGCGGCUGGAGCGGCAGUGCGACCAGGUGCGGCGGCUGGAGCAGCAUCACGCACAGCUCCUGCGCCGGGACCGCUUCAAGGUGCUCAUCUUCCAGGAGGAAAAUGAGAUCCCUGCCAGUGUUUUUGCAAAAGAGCCCAUUCCCAGCAUUACAGAAGGGAAAGAGGAGCCUGUGGAUGAGAACAAAACACUAGAAGAAACCCUGCACACAGUGGAGUUGUGUUCAGAUGAUGAAAUGUUUCACGAGGAAGAUGAUGUGGAUGACAGUGCAGAGGAGAAAACCGAAGAAUCAAGAGCUGAGAAACUUAAAAGAUCCAGCCUCAAGAAGGUGGACAGCCUCAAGAAGGCAUUUUCUCGCCAAAACAUUGAGAAGAAGAUGAACAAGAUCAGCACAAAGAUUGUCUCACCAGAACGGAGGGAAAAGAUCAAGAAAUCACUUACUGUACAUCAUCAGAAAUCCUCUUCUUCAAAGAGUUCAGCUUUCAAAGUAUCUCCUCUUACGUUCAGCGUGAAGAAGGGCCGUGAAGGAGAAAGCCCUGCUGAAGCUGAGGACAGACCAACAGAAACUGCAAGCAAUGAGCAAGCUGAGAAUGAGGAUGAAAUGUCAUUCACUAACAUGCACUCAGAUAUGACACCUACCACCUCACUAAUCGAGGAGGGCAAAGCAGUAGCUGACUCACUAGAGAAGGAAGCCAGAAUGGAAGCUAACACCCUGAUAAACAACAACAUUGAGCUGUCCAUCGUUGAAGAUGAUGAAGAGUACGGGAUGCCUCUAGAAGUUUCUAGCCGGAAAGUGUACAACGAAAGGAACAAUCCAGUCGGCGGCGAAAUGGAACAAUCUGAUGAAGAAACGACCCAAGCAGCUGUCCUGCAGAUAGACCAAACAGCGUAAUCCCUCCAAGCCCUUCUUCACCUGCCAGAGCACACAGUCUUACUUAGGCGAGUAACUGGCUUCUGCUACACAGGCGGUAGUAGCAAUUCAGUUUCUUCCAUCCUUUUCUCUGCAGUGGUAAUUUAUUGCAUUGUGAUGGAAUGCAGAGUGAACAAGGUCAAUGACACAUGCUGCAACGUGCUCUGUUUUAGGCUGAGUCAGUGGCAUUUAUUAAUUUAGAGAUGCUGUCAGCUGGCUUAAGAGACUAGCAGGAAAAGAGUAUGUCUAGUAGAAACAAGCUGGUCAGAUGGCUUUGUUAUAGUUAGGUCAGAGGAAUGCAUAAAGAGUAGUCAAACAAACAUUUCUGUUCUGUUUUCUUCUCCCUCAGUAUUUCACAGCACUGAGAGUAGUUUUGUAUGUAAAUGUAGAAAUACCAAUGAGAACAUUUGAUUUGGGUUUCUGUGAAUUUCUCUGUGAAUACUAACAGCCUCAGUAACUGUGCACACACAUGUAGUUUGUCUGGGGCUUUGCUUCACAACACUAAGGCUGAAAGGACAACUGAAAAGUUGGUUAAAUCUGGUUUAGUGGAGGUAAGAUUUUUGCCAGCAGUCCCUCACCACUGAGAAGAAACGUGUGUGUUUAGGUGGAAACAAAAAGGUGGUUUCCAAUCUACCAGAGUUACGGAAGCAUGUUAACAACCAGCAUGAAUGUGUGAUCAGUUACUUUGGGGAUCAGAAAUUGAAAACUUAGAAGGAAUUUGAUAGAAACAUGGAGAUAGUCUGAAGAAAGUGUGAAAUGCAAUGCAAUGUAAAAAAGCAAAAUUAACCCACCCACAACAUUAAGUCUAUACUCCUAGCUUACAGGAUAUAUACUCAGAAAACACUAAUUCAUUAAUUCUUAGUCUUUAUAGCAAUAUACUAUCAAACUUUGUGCCUGAACACCUUUGUAUCACAGAGUAUUUUUAAUAUAGCAUAAUUUAUCUUUUUACAAAUUAUUUCAUAUAGAGAGCUAUAUCUACACAGAAGAGUUAGAUAAUUAUGGGGAUGUAAGGACUGUUUUCUUCAAAAAAGUGAAAUACUCUUUUAGACAUGUCUAAAGGGAACAGUGUGUUAUGGAUUGAACCUCGUGGCAGGGAUGAGUGUAUGUAAGGACAACCCUGCAAAGCCACAGGGAUUUGAUUCUCUGCUCAUAACUUUCAUCAAAGCCACCUAUCUGCUCUCAAAAUUACAAGUCUGUAAUUUUGCAAAAUGAACUGAAAAUGAGAGGCUACAGUGUGGCUUGUUCACUGUGAGUGUUCAUUCCUGUCACUUAAGGGAGAAGGAAGGAAAGGGAAGCACAAUACCCACCGGAGUUACCUUACAUCCUUGUUUGUUUAUGCAGUGGGUUAUUUUUAUUUUUUAUAUACAUACAUAUAUAAAAUUCUACUGACAUUUAACAUUGCACUAAAAGGUUGCUUCCUUCAACUUGUACUUAGAAUCACAAAUUACACAGGAAACAAAAACUACAGCAAAAAUACCAUUAAGAAAUGAUUAACAAUAUUGCUCCAAAGGGGUAAUAUCUGUAACCAGCAAAAAACACUGGAAAUUAGUCAAUAAGAGCUUAGGGUAGGAGAGUACUAUUGAGAGUUAAGCUCUUAAGUGUAUAGCAUCAUACAGGAGAUACUCUUUGAAAAAAAAAAACAUGGCAUAACUCGUGCAGCUAUAUUUUUAUUUUGUAUUAACUACAAUGGAUUUCAAUCAUUUUUACUUGUAACUAACUACAACUAUGACAAAUAAAAGCAUAAUAAAAAGCA